CGAGCAUUCAGUAUUCACUAAACCCAGCCUUGUGGCUCGAAUAUCAGAUCAAAAGGCGCGCCUUGUAAUUCUCUCUUCCUCCGCCGCCAGCGGCGACCCACCACCGCGACCUCCUCUUCUAAUUCGCUUCAGGCUAUUGUGCAGCUCAUUCUAAGCCAUGGUCGGUUGGCAAAGGAAUUGUAUACAAUCCCUAACUCGACAUUUUGGGAAAGCAACACUACUCGAGGCCACUUCAACUCCUCAGACCCAACAAUCACUCUUGCGGCGCCCCUUUUAUCACUACUCUCAACACUCGGGAAUCUCCAGUUCAAGGAACUUACUUGCGGAUUCCUCGUCUAAUGUCCCGUCUCCCAAUACCUUAAAUCCACCGCCUCCGUCUUUGAAACAAGUUCAGUAUGUCUUAAAGGGCGUAACUCAGGACCCUAACAAGAUCGACCUGGUUGGCAAACUGGUUCGUGGUAUGCGUGUUGAAGAUGUGUUGUCACAAUUGUCAGUGACAGACAAGCAAGCUGCAAAAACCGUGUAUCAGGCUAUUUACUCAGCUCGAGCAGAUGCAACUUAUAAACAUGGGUUGGAUCCAGAUCAGCUACUUGUUGCUGGGGCAUCUAUUGGAAAGGGAUUCGUGGGAUUCAGCAAGAAGAGACUGGCCUACCAUGGUAAAGGCAAUGGAAUUAAAGUGAGACCAAAACACCAACUGACGGUGGUUUUAAGGGAGAUUGCCCCUGAAGAGGAGGCUGAGAUAGCCAGACAAAGAGCCGACAAUUUUCUUUAUCUCAGUAAGCGCCUCAGGCUCACUAAGGAGGAAAAUAAGAAUAUUCCUCUCCAGCUUAUUCGGAAAAACAAAGGCAAAUUCAGUAAUGGUGAACCAAGUGGUAUGGCUUCAUGAGCAAGCUACUUCCUUCCUGUGCCUUAGCAUUCUAAAAGAAAGUUUUGAGAUGCAUUAGAGAGCUCCUCCUUGGUCUUUAGAAUUCAAUAAAAUUGUCUUGUACAACUGCUAAAGACCAAGCUUCUUUGUUGUUUCAGUUUCUUGUAGUGGCUGUGUGGGAUUUAGGUUCUUUACUGUGGAAUGUCAUCAAAUCGUUUGCAUCA